GUGAUUCUAAGUAGUCAAAGACAAGGGAGCAAGGUGGUGUUUGGUGCUGGUGUAUUGAAUUCCAGUCCCCAUUGGCAUUGCUUAAACAUGUUCAACAAUGAGCAACAAGGCCAGUACUGCACUUCCAUCCCAAGAAUCUCCUUCUCCAAUGACUUUGCUGAUGCACAACAAAUGAUCAAGCAUGAGAGGAGCUACAGAGAACCACCGGCAUCGUCGUCGGAUUUUGAAUUCUCUGUCUCUAACUAUGGCAUGAUCUCUGCAGAGGAGCUCAUCUUCAAAGGGAAGUUGGUGCCUGUGAAGGAACACUGUUCCAAGAUGACCACUUUGAGAGAUGAACUCCUUGUUGAUGAUGAUGAUGAUGAUGAUGAGUAUGCGUUGCCAAGGAUACCAAAGGGUGGUUCUUAUCACUGGAAGCAAAGGUUGGGUCUCAAGAGGGCUCACGUUGUACCAAAGAAAGCUGAUCCCAACAAGACAGGAACUAAUUGAUAGACUAAUUGAUAAGGAGGAAGCAAAGCAAUGUGGAAUAUUUGGACAUUGCCUAAAGGAAAGGAGGGUUUUUAGCUGCUAAUGCUAGAAGAGAAGAGUAUAGGUUUGGAUGGAUGUAGAGAUCUUAAGAUUUGUUUGUUUGGUUUUAGCUCUAUUUAUCAUUCCCCAUUUCAAAACAAAUGUUGUGCUAUGUACAAAUGUUUGCAGUUUGAAGAAUUUCAUGUAAUAAUUAACAUGUUUUGAUUGAUCUAAUUAAUCUAUCUAAUGAUGCCCAGCAAUAU